ACACACACACACACACACACACACACACACACACACAUAGAAAAAAGCUUUAUGUGAUAUUUCCAGUGCUAGCUUCACCAAAAAUUUUAGUCUAAAGGUACAUCACGAAAUUCAUACUGGUGGAACAAAUGUAAAAUAUAUUAUCAGAGGUUUAGUUCUAAGAGGAAUUUAUCGAAUCAUUGCUCGAUGCAUACUGGCGAGAAACCAUAUGAAUGCGACUUUUGUCACCGUAAAUUUAUAAAAAAAAAUAUUGUUUAUAUUCAUUUAGAGAAAAAAUUCCAUUUACAAUACAUCUACGAAAACAUAUUAGCGAAAAAACCAUUUUAUUGUAGGAAGCAUAUCAGGUACAAAGCUAAUGCUGAGUUAAGUGUCAACUUAACAAAGCAUACGGGCGAAACACUACACGAGUGUAGUCUGCCAACGUAAAGUAAAAUUUCGAAAAUAAUCUGUGUUGACUUCUGAAAAUGUCAGGUGUAACAACCAACCUAUAACUGUCAAGUAGGUGUCAACGCCAAAACUUUAUAACAACCCUCAAGUGCUUAUGGAAACCCAUGACAAAUCAUUUCAAUGCAAUGUGUGUGGACGCAUAUUGGCAUUACAAUCGCGUUUACACAUACAGGUGAGAAACCUUACAAAUAAGACAUCUGUGAAAGUUGUUUUCUUUGGAAAAGUUCCGCUAACGAAUAUUCAACAAUUUGAAGAAAAAUCAACAGCAAGCAAACGUGUUCAGUCUUUAGAACGUGUAACUAUAGACGAUACCUUACUCUUCGUCUGUCAGUUUUGUCAAAAAACGUUUGUCAAUGAAAGAAAAAUACGCGUUCAUUUGAGAGAGCAUAAACCUUAUGGUUGUGCAAUUUGUCAAAAACGAUUUGAUAGGCCGUUUUAUUUGCAGAGGCAUAUCAAAUCACAUUCCGGUGUAAGGCCUUACGCGUGUCAUAUUUGUGAUAAAAGAUUUGGUGAGCCACGUCACUUGAAACAGCAUUUAGCUACACAUACAGACGAGAAACCUUACGAAUGUGAUAUUUGUCAUCACAGAUUUCUCAAAAAGUCUAAUUUGAAUAAACAUAUAACGAAACACACCGGCGAGAAACCUUACGAAUGUGAUGUUUGUCAUCGUAGAUUUAGGGAAAAGUUUCCUUUCAAAAUACAUUUGAGAAUGCACACUGGUGAGAAGCCAUUUCAAUGUCAUUUUUGCGGCAAAAGGUUCCGUUCAAAUAACGAAUUACAAGUACAUUUAAAAACUCAUACUGGCAGUGAAUCUAAACCUAAUGAUUGUAGUAAAAAAUUGAUAAAGAGGGAAAGAAGCGACCGCACGUCCGGGAAAUCAUAUGAAUGUGACGUUUGUUAUCGUACAUUCAAUGUGAAGGCAAACAUGAAAACACAUCGCCGAACACAUACUGGCGAGAAACCUUACCAAUGUUCUGUCUGCCAGCGCACUUUUACUGCAAGUUACACUUUAGAUAGACACUUCAAAACUCAUACAGGCGAGAAAUCUCACGAAUGUGAAAUUUGCCACCGUAAGUUUACAAUGAAACAACAUCUUAAAGUACAUUUGAGGACGCACACAGGUGAAAAACCGUAUGAGUGUAAUAUUUGUCAGCGACGUAUUCGAGCUAGGUAUACUUUAGAUGUGCAUAUGAGAACUCAUACUGGUGAGAAACCUUUUGAAUGUACUGUUUGUCAACGUAAGUUUGCUCUGAAGCAAACCUUAGAGAGUCACUUGAAAACACACAACAGCGAAAAACGCACACAUUGAAUACUGUAAUCCCAAAUUACUCAAUUGUAUUACCUCAACUUAUUGAUGACAAACCUAUCUCAGGACUGAAUAUAGUAGAAUAAAAGUUUACGUUUCGUGGCUAAUAUGAAUAAAGGAUGUAAGAAAAGUUUAUUGAUUCUGACUAGAAAUAAGUUAAAGCGUGAGUAGGGCAUAUAUUAAUUUAUUCUUAAUUCUUAACAUGGUCAGUGACCUUAUCUCUCAAUUAAACAUGUGUUAUGAAUUGAAGACGGAUACAUGAAAUCUUCAAUAAUAAUUUUACCAAGUUGUGUGAAUAUUAAUUAAUGAACAUUACAAUGUUUGAUAAAUACUUUUUAUAUUGCACAGAUUGCUAGAAGUGGUUACGCGCUACUUUGUUAAACUACAUAUGCACUUAAUUAUUUAUAUCCUGAAUUCCUGACGGAUUACUGGACCAGACGCUUCUCUUUCUCUCUCUCCCUCUCUUCCUCGCUAUCGGAAGUGGAGCUGGGGCUCGAUUCUCACGCUAUCGUAAUUCACUUCAUCAGUUUUCUCCAUUUUUUUUUUCUGAAUGUCUAGCACAGUUUCUGACGGUGAUUUACAAAAAAUCACCGUUUCAAAAUAAGUUUCAAACUGUUCCUUUAUCAAUUUGCUUACACCAUUACACCAUUUUAAACCAUUGAACAAAAUUGGAGAAAAUUUAUAAAGUGAACUUCGAUUGCAUGAGAAUCGUGCCCCUGAUUGUAGAGGGAGAUGUGGCCUCUGACAAUUGGCAAGGCAAAAUUCCCCCACUUGACGACCACUUUAAAAUUUAUCUUAUGGUAGUAAACUUAAGGCUGGAUUUAGCUUUUUUCUGUAGAGCAAUCCGUCAGCUAAUAUUCGUAGUAACAAGAAUCUUCAUUUUUGCCCGCUACUUACUGCUCUGUGAAAAUUAUGAUAAAUAAAAAUGUUAAUUUAUAUUGUAGUUACUGUUUUUAUAAAAGUACACGUAGUGAUUACACACAAUUUAUUUAAACACAAAGUUUUUAAGUGUAUUAUUAAGAUUUUUGUAUAUUUUCCAUCUAGAUUGAUUAAAUGUUAUAAAUGCAUGAUAAUAACCUAUUUUGAGUAAAAUUAUGUAAUAAAUUAUAGUAUUACAGUU